UAGAAUAGGCAUUUUUUCUGUGAUUGUCGGAUUGUGAGGAUUUCUAGAUGAUUUUGCAUGAUGAGGCAUACUACGAGAGCCGAAGGCCCGUCGAGGAUUUGGGGACUCUUGGGAAUUUCAAGAGGUUUAUUUGGAAUCCACAAAAACGGGCAUUUUUGGAUCGCACUGCUAAGGAAUGGGCUACAGUAGCAUUGUUCUACUUGUGUUUCUUCGGUGUUUUAUUCUCACUAUUUGGUCUUCAACUUUGGAUCACACUUGAUUUUCUGGCCGAUCUGGAGCGACCGUAUUUGAAACACACCAGUCAAGUCCCUGAGGAAUUAUUCCCAGCAGGACGACGGUCACUUUUCCACGCGCCAUUGAUCAAAUUUGAAAAUCCCGGUGUGGGAUUUGUUCCGAACAUAAUUCAAACCAGCACAUCUUCGCCAAUAAUUUGGAUCAGCGACACAAAUGAUAAUGGAAAGCCAGAGCGAUAUGUAACGGCAAUUGAAAAAUUCUUCUCCGAUUACAAGCGAGAUAGAUCAAAUUACGACGCUAAUUGCUCCGACAGAGGAUUGCACGUCGUUGCAAGGACAAAACCAUGUUUUUUUGAUGUCACUGCACUUGGCAAUUGUUCCAAGCCACCAUUUGGAUAUGAAUUGCCUUAUCAACCUUGUGUUUUCAUCAAAUUUAAUAAGAGAUUCGACUGGACGCCGAAUUUUUAUAAUAAUACGUCCCAGCUGCCAAAACCGAUGCCAAAUAAUGUUAAAGAAAUGAUCAAACUGUCAACGGAGGGGAAAGUAUGGUUGUCAUGCAAUGGAGCAAAAAAUGUUGAUAAGGAGCACAUGGGGGUUAUCAGUUAUUUUCCAUCCGCGGGAUUCCCCUUUUAUUAUUUUCCAUUCACUGGACAUUCUCAGUACCUCUCCCCAGUGGUGGCAAUCAUGUUUCAUAAUUUGACAGCGAAUCGACUGGUUAAUGUUGAGUGCCACACGUGGGCAAAGAAUAUUGGGGACAGUCUUGCGUUGGAUUUUCAAAUUGUUAUGUUUUCUUGAGAGAAGAACCUGUCCUCUAGAAAAAAUUAUGAAAAAACGAGAGAUCUGCAGUCAAACACGAAAGAUAUUCACAAUCAUUUCAA